CACGAGCACACUCACAAGUCUAACCUUCCCACUUGUAGAGGCAAUCACAGAGAACCCACAAAGCAAUCUGCUCCCAACUUCUUGAACAGCCCCAAAUUCAGAGCCUUUCAUUUCAACCCUGCAGUUCAGCUCCCUUCAAUAACUAACUGGAGAAGCUCUCAAACAGGAAGAAGAGGGCAGCAGCACAAAAUGUAUGUGUAUCCCAAGGUGAAGGUCAGGCAGCAACAAGAAGAGAAAGAUGAUCAGCAUGCCCAUAUUGAUUUUUCUUCUCCAGUGAAGGACCAAGAUGUUUCUCCAGCUACAGUUGCAAGAGUUCCAAUAUCUUAUGUGCCAAGAGUAGCUGUGCCAACGAUCUUUGUUGCUGAAGGAGUUAAGAAAGCCAAUCAGAUUGAAGAGAUUUAUAAACAAAAUAUAAGAGCCGGCUCAAUUCCUCCCCCGCGUGCUGUCUUAUCCAGUCCUGACAAUGAUAUGGUGAUUGGAAACAAAAAUAAGAUCAAAGCACAACGACCAUCGGCUCUGAAGAAUCAUAGCGUUGUUCAGACUAGAAGUAAAAAAAGUAUUCCACUCCACAUUACUGAAAAUUUUAUAAAAACAAAACAAUCGAAGGGGACUUUGGUUGAGAACUGUCUUUUGGAAAGGAAAGGAUCAGCUUCAAAACUAACAAGUCAGAUACGGCCUCCAAGAACUGGGAAACCAAGCUCUAGGGAAAAGUGAGUAUUUGGUUUUAUAAUGUACAUUAGACGGGUGAACAUACCUCAGUGACUGACUGUGAUUAGAAUGUAACUACCUAACUGUUUUAUGGAGUAACCAUUUAGAUAAGUUGCUCA